AUGGCUCGUAUUAAUAUCAUUGCACUUCAAAUCGCUGUUUUCUUCAUCAUCGUAGCACUCUCUACUGCAGGGAAAUCCUACGAAAACGAUGAUUCUUCAAUGGAAAAACGCUUGGCUGUUCGUGAAAUAUUGGAGGAACUAGAUGAAGAAAAUCUUUAUCGUCGUUGUGCUAAUUGUGGUGGUCAUCCUUGUGGAGAAGCUGUUGCUGCAGCACGUCGUGACAAUGCUCGUCAGCUUCUUCGACGCGAUCUUUCUCGUGUUCUUCUUGGUCUUGAGCGUCGUUUUGGCCCUCUUGCUUGUUGA